AUGGUCGCUGUUUGUCUAUCUUUUAUGCUAGUAGGCCUGGACAGCAACAUCAUCGCAACAGCCGUCCCAGCAAUGACUAGCUAUUUUGGCACUAUCAAUGACAUUGCGUGUCGGCUGAUGUCAGGCUCGUUUCAACUCAUGUUCGGAAAGCUUUAUACCAUGCUUCCAGCAAGAAUAUUGAUCCUAGUGAAUCUCGCCAUAUUUGCUGCGGGUACUCUGCUGUGCGCCCUUGCACCGAGCUCGUCGAUAUUCAUCUUGGGACGAGCCAUCACCGGCUUCGCUACCGCUGCCGUCAUCUCAGGAGCGUUUGCCAUGGUCAUACAUAUCUCGCCGUUGCGGAAGCGAUCAACAUACGCCGGAAUGGGCGCCGCAACAGAGGCCGUGGCAUCCCUCACGGCUCCUCUCUUUGGUGGUCUGCUAACCGACCAAUUGAGCUGGCGAUGGUGUUUCUAUAUUCAAUUGCCGCUAAUCGUUGGUAUAUUCUUCAUUGUGCUUUUCUUUAUUGACUUAACCGCGGGAAAACCUAUGGCCGAUCAGGACUUCCUGUCAGUCCUGCGCAAGCUGGACGUAUUGGGAACGGCCCUAUUUGUGCCGACUAUUACACUACUAGUUCUGGCACUGCAAUGGGGAGGUAGUAAAUACGAUUGGUCGGACUGGCGCGUUAUAUUGCCGUUAUGCAUUUCCGCCGCUUUGCUUAUGGUCUUUAUCCGGCACCAAAGUCGUUUUGGAGAACAGGCCACUGUUCCAUUUCGUGUCUUGCGAAGAAGAAGCGUUCUUUUCGGCUUCUUGUUCAGUUUCUACAAUAACGGAUCAUUGAGCGUCAUUGAAUACUAUAUGCCCAGCUACUUCCAGACCGUCAAAGGAUUUUCAGUGUCCAUGUCGGGUGUAAUGGUUCUUCCUACGGCAGCAGGCCUGGUGGUCUCAGUUCCUCUUGCAGGGUAUCUGACAACCUUGGUCGGAUAUUAUAGCCCAUUCAUGCUUCUAAACAGUAUCAUAACGCCCCCUGCGACUGGGCUGCUUACCACCUUGGAUGCUGGAUCAAAGCUUUGGCGCUUAAUUUCCUAUCAAGCUUUGCUGGGAUUUGGGACAGGUAUCGGUUUCCAAGGUCCUCAAGUUGCCGUUCAGGCCACCUUUUCCGACUUUGAUUCUCAGAUUGCCAUCGCUAUCAUCCAACUCGCCCAGGCCAUUGGUCCAGCCAUAGCUGUGGCCGGGGCGCAGACCAUUUUCACGUCCAAAUUAAACUCUUACCUCGCCCGGUUUGCUUCGAACCUAAAUCUAGCUGACUUGAACCGCUACGGUCUUACUGUCCCUGACUGGUUGAACCCUUCUGAGCGCGAAAUAGUGGUAUCAGCCUACAGCUAUGCUCUUAACAAUGCAUUCUAUCUUCCACUUGCCCUAGCUUGUAUGACCAUUAUCGGUGCUCUCUGCGUUGAAUGGAAGUCCAUAAAAGGCGCUGAAGAGAAAAGAUCCUAG